AUGGCACCUCGUUCACAGAUCUGUCAUAGCCCUGGUAUCCAGGCUAUUGCUGAACUGUCAGAGUUUGUCCCACCCCAUAAUCCAGUCUCACUGCCUAACCCCCUGGCCUCUGGCUGUUCGGCAAGAUUGUGCCCUCAGUCCUUUGGUGAAGGAGUUGAGUUUGAUCCCCUACCACCGACUGAAGUAAGGUACACUUCCUCAGUCAAGUACGACUCAGAACGGCACUUCAUCAAUGAUGUCCACAUGCCCCUGGGCCUAGCAGUGGCCUCCUGCAGCCAGACGGUCACCUGUGUCCCCAACUGCACGUGGCGCAACUAUAGGGCCGAGGUGCGCUUCGAGCCCCGCCACAGGCCCACACGCUUCCUCAGCACCACCAUCGUCUACCCCAAGUACCCCAAGACCAUCUACACGACCACCCUGGAUUACAACUGUCGGAAGACACUGAGGAGGUUUCUGUCCAGUGUGGAGCUCGAAGCCACUGAGUCCGUGGGCAGCGAGUGUCUCUCGGACGAGUGUUGA